AUGGAAAAGUUAGCAGAAGUCCUCACCGAGAUGAUGGAGACCAUGAAAGGUAUGCAAAACCAACAAAUAAUUUUGCAAAGCGCAUUACUUAAUCAAAGCGCAAAUACAAAACCAGUCAGCGGAAUUACACUCCAACCUUACGAUGAAAUACAUGAAUCCUUCGAUAGUUAUUUACAAAGACUACAAAAUUACAUCAGUCUUAAAGGCGUUACGGAUGCAAGUACAAAAUUACAAAUUUUCUUAAACUGCAUCGGACCUAAAUACUACCAAGUGUUGAAAAAUAUAACCGCACCGGAUACACCUGAAUCAAAGUCUUACGACGACCUAGUAAAGAUAUUAAAAAACCAAAUUGCACCCGAACCCGGUGAAGUAGCACAACAACACAAAUUUUGCCUGCGGUUACAGCAUGAAGGCGAAAGUAUAGCCAAUUAUGUAGCCGGACUCAAAGAAAUAGGAGGUAAAUGCAAUUUCAUAUGUCAUAAUUGCAAUAAAACAACAUUUGACACACACCUACGUGUCCAAUUCAUUCGCGGACUCCGAAAUGCUGAAAUUAAAGAAAAACUUCUACAAGAAUCUCCUGAUACAAAGUUUGAUGACAUAAUCAAGAUUGCCUUGGCUAUUGAAACAUCAAAAUCUGAAACAAAAGAAAUGGGACAAGAAAUAGAGCCUAACAUAAAUAAAAUAUCAAUGAAGAAGAAAUAUCAAAACAAUACAUUCAAUGGUAAUACAAGUACAUUAAACGAAACUAGAAAUGCAUACAAUAGAGAUGCUAAUAUACAUAAUGAACAUAAAAACACAUACAACGGACGCAAUAACAAUACGAAGGAGAACAUAACUUGCUUUCGAUGUGGAAAAGAUAACCAUAAAGCUAAUCAAUGUAAGCUGAAAAAUAAAUUAUACUGCAAGAAAUGCUACACCAAGGGACAUGUACAGUCAGUCUGUUUCAAAGACCAAAAACAACUAGAUAUGGAUAGUGAUCUAUCAUUCUACGAAAGUGAAGAAGAAAUAUACGAAAUAAAGAAAAUACAUAAUACUUCAUCUACAGACAAAUUCAACAUUAAACUACAGAUAAAUGGCAAAAUGCACACUAUUGAAAUGGAUACGGGAGCUGCAGUAACUACAUGCUCUAAAGAAUACUAUGAAAAUAAUUUCAAAAACGUGGAACUCCAAAAUACACACAUAAAAUUGCGUACAUACAACAAACAAAUAAUGGAACCUAUCGGAAUAUGCAAAGUCAAUGUCCUAUACAAAAACAAAGAAAUUGUGGGAAGAAUAUUUGUAAUUAACGAUAACGUAGAUGCAGUUGUUGGAAGAGAAUGGUUGAGAGCGCUAAAUAUAGACUUUGACAUAAAAACAAUUACGGAAGAAGAUGUUACAGAGAAAGAAUUUAAAGAUAAACUGAACAAAUUAUUACAAGAUCAUGAAGAGUUAUUUUCGGAAAAAGUGGGAGAAAUUAAAAACUUUAAAGUUGCGUUUAAAUUGAAAGAAGGAUCCAUACCCAUAUUUCUAAAGCCACGUCCAGUACCAUUUGCACUCAAAGACCAGGUUGAAGCCGAAAUAGACCGAUUAGAAGAAGAAGGGAUAAUAGAAAAAGUAACAUAUUCUCAGUGGGGCACACCAGUAGUUCCUGUGAUUAAACCAACUGGAAAGGUACGCUUAUGCGCAGACUUUAGAGCUACAUUAAAUAAAAACCUGGAAAAUGACAACUAUCCGAUCCCUAGAAUAGAAGAAGUAUUUUCGAAACUUAGCGGCGGGAAAUAUUUUUGCACGCUAGACAUUAAUCAGGCAUACUUACAUAUGACAACGAAUGAAGAAACAGCCGCAAUGCAAGCUAUUAGUACAUGCAAAGGCACCUAUAAGGUGAAGAGGUUAAUGUUUGGGGUAAAAAUUGCACCGAACAUCUGGCAACGAUACAUGGACCAAACUCUGCAAGGAAUGAAGGGUACAGCCUGUUUUUUCGAUGAUAUUGCCAUACAAGGACGCACAUACGCGGAACUACUACAGAGGAUCAAGGCGGUAUUCCAAAAAUUACAGGAAUGCGGAUUACAUGUAAAUAAAAAGAAAUGUCAAUUUUUCCAAAAGUCAAUUACAUACCUGGGACACACAAUAAACGAAAAAGGCCUACAUCCAAUGCAAGAUAAGGUCAACGACAUUAAAAAUAGUACACGACCUACAGAUGUAUCAUCGCUCCGUACUUUUCUGGGAAUGAUUAAUUAUUACCAACAAUUUAUUCCCAAUCUUGCUUCAAGACUAAAUCCACUUUACAAGCUGUUGCAAAAAGAUACCAAGUUUGUAUGGUCAAAAGAAUGUGAAAAUAUUUUUAAUGAAUUGAAAGAAGAGAUAUGUGGAGAUAAAGUAUUAAUACCAUUCCAUGCCAACUUACAAGUGACACUUGCCACAGAUGCAUCCCCUACGGGAUUUGGCGCGGUUUUAUCGCACAUUAUGCCGGAUAAGACUGAACGACCUAUUGCUUUCGCGUCAAGAUCCCUAUCUAAAGCAGAAAAAGGGUACAGUCAGCUAGAUAAAGAGGCGGCAGCACUGAUAUGGGGACUUAAGAAAUUUUUCCAAUACUGCUAUGGACGAAAAAUUACAUUGAUCAUCGACAAUCAACCAUUAGCACGAAUAUUACACCCUGAAAAAGCGACACCUGCAACCACUGCCAUUAGACUUGUACACUAUGCGAACUUUUUAGCAGGUUUUGACUACAAUAUAAAGCUGAGAAAGACGACUGAACAUGCAAAUGCCGAUUAUUUUUCAAGACUACCUAAUCCUACAGAUACAGCAAAAGAGACACUUACAGAUGAUGACGCGUUUUACUUAAAUCAGAUUUCAGAGAUACCAAUAACCUUACAAGAAAUAAAAAACGCUACAAUGAAGGAUCCAGAACUACAAAAACUAUACUUGGAUAUACAGUCGGGUUCAGACGACCCUAACAGACUUCAUGAAUUCUCACUGCAAAAUGGUUGCAUUUUCUAUGGGAUAAGAAUAGUCAUUCCAAAGAAACUACAACCUCAAAUAUUAGAAGAACUUCAUACGGCCCAUACGGGUAUUGUUAAAAUGAAAGCUUUAGCCAGAAGCUAUAUUUGGUGGAAACAUAUUGACACAGACAUUGAAAAUACUGUAAAAAAAUGCAAAAUAUGUUGUCUGAUGCAGAAGAACCCUACCAAAGUACCAGUACAUACCUGGGAAUAUCCGAAAGAGCCAUGGAGCCGAGUACACGUAGACUAUGCCGGACCAUUUAUGAACAAUUACUUCUUUAUUGUUGUGGAUGCGUAUACAAAGUGGUUAGAAGUAACACCAACAAAUUCUAUUACGGCUACAACAACAAUAAAUAUUCUUAAAAAGUUAUAUACUACAUUUGGCCUACCAAUUACGCAAGUUUCAGACAACGGCAGACAGUUCCGGUCAGAAGAAAUGCAAAGAUUUCUCAAAUCAAAUGGAAUCCAGGCUAAAUUUACUGCUCCUUUUCAUCCUUCGACGAAUGGCCAAGCCGAAAGAUAUGUACAAACAGUAAAAAGAAAGCUGAAAGCAAUGGCAAAUGAAGAGGGUACAUUACAAGACAAGCUAUACAGAUUUCUAAUGAUGUACAGGAAAACACCGAACAGUGCUACGGGUUUGAGCCCAGCAGAAAUGAUGUUUAAAAGAUUAUAUAGAACGAGGAUAGACUUAGUCAAGAGAGUACCAGAAAUAAGGAUGAAAAAUAAUAAUGACGACAAGAUUGUGAAAAAGGAAUUCAAAAGAGGUGAUAGAGUUCAGAUAAGAAUGUACGACAACAACAAGUGGAAAUUAGGAACAAUUACAGAAAGAAAAGGGAAACUUCACUACGAGGUCGAAGUAGAAGGAAAAUUACAUGAGAGACAUACAGAUCAAAUUAAAAAGACGUCAUGCAGCGGUGAUGUUCCAUACGUCUACUUACCCAGGCCAAGUUCACCGACUACAGAAACUACACCAAUUCAACCGGACGUAGAAACAGCUGCGCCCAUUAAUCCUGAAGGUGUUCAUGAUGCCCAGAAGGUACCAAGCCCAAGUAAAAGGCAAAGUAUCGUGUCUGACUCAAUAACCUUACCCGUACCUACGGAUAUACAACCAGAAUCUCAAACUUUAGAGAAACCAUCGGAAGCUACAUUGCACGAGACAGUUGAGAUUCCUACAGAACCCGUACUGCGCCGCAGCUCAAGAAAUAGAAAAGCACCAACACGCCUAAACCUCUAG